AUGUUGGACCCAAACCAAAAAGCCGUCGUCAUCGGAAUCAGCGGCUGUUCCUCCAGCGGCAAGACGACACUGGCUCGACUUCUCCGCGACAUCUUCCCCAAUACCUUCAUCCUACACGAAGAUGACUUUUACAAGCCCGAGGCCGAAAUUCCUAUGAAAGAUGGCCUCACAAACUGGGACUGCCCAGAAGCCUUAAACAUUCCCGACAUGACGUCUGCGUUAGAGCACAUCCGCGCCACGGGCGAGUUACCUGCCACCUUCGACUCAAAAGAAGAUAUCAACUCCAUCGGCCCCUGCCCCAUCACCACGGACUUCAUCAACACCAUCAAAUGCCGCGUAGCCGACUGGCUGCAACCUUCCUCUCCGGGCCACCAGAUCCUCAAGUCCCCUCAGAAGCCCCUCAAAAUAUGCAUCCUAGACGGCUUCCUCCUCUACUCCCCGCCUCCUCUCCUUCCUGCCACCCUGCUCUCUCAAAUGGACAUCAAGCUCUUCCUGUUAGUCUCUAAAGCCAAAGCCCUACAGCGCCGCGAAGCAAGAGACGGGUACGUGACCCUCGAAGGGUUCUGGAAAGACCCACCCGGUUACGUGGAUAAGAUUGUGUGGCCUGAGUAUGUGCGGGCGCACGAGUGGAUGUUUGAAGAUGGGGAUGUUGAAAAAGCUAGAUUGAGGGGGGAUGUGAGGGAACGGUUGGGGGUGUUGGUGAAUUCGAAAAAAGAAGGAGAGGAGACGAAGAUGGAUAGGGAUUUUGGGGAGACGUUGGAGUGGGCGGUGGAGAGUAUUAUGCGGGAGUUGGAGAGGUUGGUUUUGGGCAAGGAGGAGGAGGACGGGCAGAAAGAGGGAGAGAAGGAGAGGGAAGAUGAGAAGGAAAAGAAAAGGGAGAAAGAGGCGAUUGCGCUGAAUAGUUUUGCAAUGAAGAAGAAGUGGGCGGCAGGGCAGAGGGAGAGGAAUGCGAGGGAGUUGCUGAUAAAGAAGGCGGAGGAGCAGCAGCAGCAGCAGCAAAAGUGA